CUACACGUCCCUGAGAGAAUUAUCAAUCUGCCGGUAACCGGUCAUCAGCGUGGCCGUGGAUCGAUUUUCCGCCAGGUACAGAGGGCUCGCCGACCGAUUUUGGUGGAACUCUCUGCUUCCGAAACUCCCUCUACCAGCUGUGGAAAAGUCUCCUGGAAUUAAAUUGCUGUUUUGCGUUUAAAGGAAAGGGUUUGUCUAAUAAACCCAUGUAUCAAUUAUGCGGUCGAGUUGCCUCGACUUUGAAGUCGAGUUGGUCAACGGACGAGCUGGUUCAACGGUGGAGUUGGUCGACGGUCAAGUUGGUCAGGAGUGGAGUUGACUCGAGUUGAGUUGGCAAACAGUCGAGUUGACCUACAACUGAUUGGGGACCCCAUGCCCGUUCUACACUAGACAGCAAAAGAAACUUGCCACUUGAAAUUGGAUGUCACCGAUUGGACGUACUGUACUGCACACCAUGAUAGCGCAUUGGGUGGACUUGAACAUUGAUGGAUUAUUGGAGAACAGCCAAUACUGAGGCACCAUGUUUCGCCUACUGCGGACUGUCAACCAUGUGGACGUUGCCACAACUUCCCGGAUUCACAAGCUGGUCACCACCCGCUCUAGGGGACUCAAAACAUCCCUCUUCCGCAGUGCUGAAGCAAAGGACCCACCCCCUGCACCCAAAGGGACCCCCUACAGCGAGUUGCGGAUUGGUGUCCCAAAGGAGUCCUUCCCGAAUGAGAGGCGUGUAGCCUUGUCACCUGCCGCUGUGCAGGCUCUUACAAAGGGGGACGGCUUCAAAGUGGUUGUGGAAGAUGGAGCUGGACUCUCGGCCAACUUCCUCAACAAAGACUAUGAAGAGGCGGGGGCCACCAUCCAAGGGAGGAAUGAGGCAUUUGCCUCGGACAUUGUGCUGAAGGUCCGGGCCCCAGCCAUGGAAGAGGUGGACCUUCUUGCCGAGCGGAAGAAUCUCUUCAGCUUCCUGUACCCGGCCCAGAACAAGGAGCUCCUGGACAAACUGGCUGCCCGGAAUUCCACAGUGUUCGCCAUGGACUGUGUGCCCCGCAUCAGCAGAGCCCAGGUCUUUGAUGCACUAAGCUCCAUGGCUAACAUUGCCGGCUACAAGGCCGUGGUUGAGGCUGCCAACAACUUUGGCAGGUUCUUCACCGGCCAGAUCACGGCCGCAGGGAAAGUACCGCCAGCCAAGGUGCUGGUCAUCGGGGGGGGUGUAGCUGGUCUGGCCGCCAUGGGGACAGCGAAGAGCAUGGGGGCAAUUGUCAGAGGCUUUGAUACCCGUGCAGCUGUCAAAGAACAAGUACAGUCCCUUGGUGCGGAGUUCUUGGAGCUGGACUUCGAAGAAUCUGGCGAGGGUGUUGGGGGCUAUGCCAAGGAGAUGUCGCCCGAGUUCAUCGCCGCAGAGAUGGCCCUCUUCGCUAAGCAAUGUAAAGAGGUUGACAUAGUUAUCACUACUGCCCUGAUCCCAGGCAAGAAGGCGCCCGUGCUCAUCACCAAGGAGAUGAUUGAGUCAAUGAAGGAAGGCUCCGUUGUGGUGGAUCUGGCAUCCGAGGCAGGCGGCAACAUUGAGACCACCAAGCCAGGGGAGCUGUACAAGUACAAAGGGGUCACUCAUGUAGGCUACACAGAUCUACCCAGUAGGCUACCCACCCAGUCCAGCACUUUAUAUGCUAAUAAUAUCAGUAAAUUGUUGAUGUCCAUGGGGGAGAAGAAGCACUUUGAUAUCGACCUGGAGGAUGAGGUGGUGAGGGGCUCCAUUAUUCUGCACGAGGGCCAGAUGAUGUGGCCCCCUCCAGCCCCAAAAGAAGUCCCAACCCAGCCUGCACCAGUCGCUCAAGCCGCUGCCAAGAAAGAGCUGGCAGAGGUUCCAGUUAAUCCCUUCACUGAGACUCUGAAGAGCUCCCUGAUGUACACUCUGGGGCUGAGUGCACUGCAUGGCAUAGGGGUGCUGUCGCCCGGCGCCGCCUUCAACACCAUGCUGACCACAUUCAGUCUGGCUGGUAUCGUUGGCUACCACACUGUCUGGGGUGUGACACCAGCGUUGCACUCUCCUCUGAUGUCAGUCACCAACGCCAUCUCUGGCAUCACUGCAGUUGGCGGGCUACUGUGUAUGAGUGGGGGUUACUUGCCAGACUCCUUCCCUGGCACUCUGGCAGCCGUGGCUGCUUUCAUUUCCUCCAUCAACAUCUUUGGCGGCUUCCUCGUCACCCAGAGGAUGUUAGAUAUGUUCCGUCGCCCUGGUGACCCGCCAGAGUACAACUACCUCUACGCCAUCCCAACUGUGGCUGCCAUCGGCACAUACCUGGCGGGUCACCUCUCCGGAUAUGACAUACAGAACAUUGGCUACCUUGCUGGCUCCCUGUGCUGCGUCGGGGCACUGAGUGGCCUGGCCUCUCAGACAACUUGCCGUGUCGGCAACGCCUUGGGUAUCGCUGGCGUGUCUACUGGUAUGGUCGCAACAUUGGCUGCGUUGAAGGCCUCCCCAGAGCUGUACACGCAGAUGGCGGCAUGCAUUGGUGUAGGGGGCGUGAUUGGGUCCAUCAUUGCCAAGCGCAUGGCCAUCACGGAUCUGCCUCAGCUGGUUGCCGCUUUCCAUAGCUUUGUCGGUUUGGCAGCCGUCUUGACCUGCAUUGCCACGUACAUGGAUGAGGCAGCCCACUUUGCCCUUGACCCCUCCACAGCUGCCAUGACCAAGCUGUUCUUGUUCUUGGGCACGUACAUUGGUGGAGUGACCUUCACUGGUUCCCUGGUUGCGUACGGCAAGCUGCAAGGUAUUCUGAAGUCUGAUCCCCUCCUCUUGCCUGGGCGUAAUGCCCUAAAUGCCGGCAUGCUGCUGGCUAAUGUUGGAGCCCUGGGUUACUACCUCACCAACCCAGGUUACGCAGCUGAUCUCAGCUGUCUGACGGCUACCAGUGUUCUCUCCUCGAUCAUGGGUGUGACCCUGACAGCGGCCAUUGGAGGGGCAGAUAUGCCUGUGGUCAUCACUGUCCUCAACAGCUACAGUGGCUGGGCGCUGUGCGCAGAAGGCUUCAUGCUGAACAACAACCUCAUGACCGUGGUGGGUGCUCUGAUUGGCUCGUCUGGUGCCAUCCUGUCCUACAUCAUGUGCAAGGCCAUGAAUCGAUCCCUGCCCAAUGUCAUCUUCGGGGGCUACGGCACCGUGUCCACUGGUGGGGGCAAGCCCAUGGAAAUCACAGGCACCCACACAGAAAUCAAUGAUGACACCGCCGUGGACAUGAUUGUCAAUUCAAACAACAUCAUCAUCACACCGGGCUACGGUCUCUGUGUGGCCAAGGCCCAGUACCCCAUCGCCGAAUUGGUGGACCUGCUCCGCAAGAAGGGCAAGAACGUCCGCUUUGGCAUCCACCCAGUGGCUGGCCGCAUGCCUGGCCAACUGAACGUGCUUCUGGCUGAGGCAGGCGUACCCUAUGACGUGGUCCUGGAGAUGGAUGAGAUCAACGAUGACUUCCCUGAGACCGACCUCGUCCUCGUCAUCGGUGCCAACGACACUGUCAAUUCGGCAGCUGAGGAGGAUCCCAACUCCAUCAUCGCAGGAAUGCCUGUCCUGAGGGUCUGGUCCUCGUCAAAUGUCAUUGUCAUGAAGCGCACCCUUGGUGUUGGUUAUGCGGCAGUUGACAACCCCAUCUUCUAUAAGGAAAACACAUCCAUGUUGCUGGGUGAUGCCAAGAAAAGUUGUGAUGCACUGCUGAGCAAGGUUAUAGCAUACUAUGGCACUAAUUGAUUAGCUAGCAAUUUGAAACAAAAUGCUUAUCCAUUUAGAAUUAAUCAUGUUCAGAGUGAACUUUACGACAAGUACCUUUGAUAGAAAUUUACCAGAUGAAGUGCCAUUUUGGCCUAAACUAUUAAGACCAAAGCAGUUUAAAGCUUCAUAUUUUUAAUGAUAACAGUUCAUGUUAUGCAAGAUUUUGUUUCUGCAUGUAGUACAUGUACAUGUAAUUCCCUUAAACCUGUGCAUUCAAAAGAGCUUCACUCAAAAUGCUCUCACUUUGACGGAGUCCUAGCCAUUUCGUCAGAAUUUACCCCUUUGGGGCUAAUUUCAUGGAGCCACUAAACAGCCAUGCAUUUGCUAAACACAGCAAAGACCUUUCAAGAUGUAUUUGUGUGUUAGGGAGAUGUUAAUUUAUUUAAUGGGGUUUGCCCUUACCCACCCGUGUAAGCUG